AUGUUUGAAGACUGGUCGGCCCAGCUGGUGAGCGGAGGUGGAAAGGAGUUGUUUGCAAAGGACGGAUGUCAUGGCUUGCUUCCGCUACCGCUUAUGCUGGGACGGCGCAACGUGCUCUGGAUGAAGAGUGCUCGGCUGGUUUCCCUGUUUCUGAGCCUGCUUAGCAUCGCCACAGGCUUGAUCUGCUGGUCUCGCUUCAGCGCCAUACACGCUGGUUACGUGCACGACGGUGUUUCAGCAGGAAUCAGCUUCAACGUCAGCCAGCUCUCGCAGCUCAGCCACCUGGUAAUGGUCGCAGGACAUGCAGUGGUCAUGGCAGACUCCCUGGAGCACAUCGUGCACAAAGAGUCCGACUGGUUCCUUGAAGCCUAUCAGCGUGGUCAGGACCUUCCCCAAGCCAGCGUCAGCCACAUCAAGGCGGGAGUGGAGGCAGCUGCACUGGACCCAAGAGCUCUGCUGAUAUUCUCUGGAGGUCAGACUCGUGCUGCAGCGGGACCCCGAAACGAGGGCUGGAGCUACUAUCGUGUAGCCGAGUACUUCGACUGGUGGGGAUACUCUGCGAACCGCCCCGAUCUUCUAAGGGAGGCGCAGCAGCGCACGCAGCGCACAUCUACUUUUUUGCCAGUGGCACAACGUGCCGUGACGGAGGAGUUCGCCUUGGAUUCCUUCCAGAACGUUCUAUUUUCCCUUUGUCGCUUCAAAGAGGUCGUGGGCCGCUAUCCUGACAGGGUCACCAUCGUGAGUUUCACCUUCAAGAAGCAGCGCUUCUCCGAGUUGCACCGUGGAGCCUUGCGCUUUCCGAGCGCCAGAUUUUCCUACAUCGGCAUCCAGCCACCUCCCGGGUCUCGCUUCGAUGUGGUGAAAGCAGAAUCCGGAGAGCACGAGGCUGCAAAGCUUUUCCAAUCCGAUCCCUACGGCUGCCACUCGCAAACGUUGGUGGAGAAGAGGCGUGCGAGAAACCCGUUCCAGCGAACAACGCCCUACUUGCUGUCGUGUCCAGAACUCAAGGCGCUCCUGCAGUGGUGCGGGCCGGACAUCUUUCGCGGAGCUCUACCCUGGGGCUCGCAGACCGAACCAGAGAAGGUCACCUCGCCGGGCCUCCGACCUGCAAAAGCAGACUAUGCGGCAGCAAAAGAGUUGGCCCAUUUAAUGCAGGACAUGCGCAUGCACCAGCUGCCCUAUGGAGCCGUCAAGCGAAGCGAGCGAUCAAUUUGCUGUGAGAAAGUCCCAGAUGGCAGUUUCCCACCUCCACAGGGCCAAUACGCCGGGAUGGACAACGGCUACUUGCCCCUUGGCAUGGGCCCGAUUCCUGUCGCGCCCUGCCCAAAGGGGGCACCUUUUCCUACGCCCAUGCCAGGAGGACCCGGACAAAGCUCGGGGACGUACGGAGGCUAUGGUGUGAACCCAUUCCACACUGGAGCCGGCGCGUAUCCUCCUGGGUAUGCUCUGCCGCCGGGCCAGUAUGGGUACCACGGAUACCAGAACAUUCAUCCAGGCUAUGCGCCAGGCCAGAUUCUGAAUUGGAGGCUACUACGGGCACGGUGCUAUGAACUCGUUGGUCCAGCGGGGAUACUACCCGACGGCACGGCCAGGUCGCACUCGACAGAGGAGCUCGUGCUGCUGAGAAGGCUCCUCCAUGUUCCGGAGCCCUUUCGCAUGGCGCCUUCCACGUGUGGGAAGGCCGGCAUCCGCUGCGAGUAUGUGGCGCUGAAUCUUCGAAUCACAGUGGAUAUUCACGCUCUGCGAUUUGAGUUUCCUGUGCCCACUGGUUGGAGUGGCAGCCUGCCACAGAAGGAGAGGGGAACGUCAGUCCGACUGGCCUCCACGAUGACAGAGGCGGCGCCGCCUGCAGGAGAGUGGGCCUUCAGGGCAUCCGUCCUGGGCUGCGAAGGAGCUCUGUCAGGGCACGUUUACCUCGACCCGAACGGUCGGGCAGCCUACUUGGCAGAUGGGGUGCAGAUUGUUGGUCGCGGAGUUGGACACUGGGCCACAAAUGGGGAGAUGGUGGCGGUCGAGCUGGAUGUGUACCAGUACGCCGCAGCUGCUGCAGUCAUACCGGAGAAGCCACACCGCUUCCGCGGGGUCUUCGAGCUCAACGGCGUGGCUCGUGGCCCGCAGCAGGGAGACUGGUAUGCCUGCCCGAGCCACGAGGCUCCACGGCUCGUCGGUGGCCUCGAUGUUGCAGCAGACACCAUGGAGCUGCUGCCUUUAGCCAUGGCAGGAAGUGCUGCUGCAGGUCCUUCUCCACGAGUUCCUGCCAGUCUCAGGGAUCAGGCCAUGGAAGCCUUGGACGCGCAGUCAGGCCUCAGGGCAACAGCCCCGGGGACACCUUCUUCCAAGCAGAUACUGGCACCCUACCAGGUUGGCACAAUACCAGAGAUCUACUACAUCCCUGAGUGGAUCUCGAAGGAGGAGGAGGCGGAGUUCUUUCAGAUCGCGGAUGGGGACAUGCGCUCCUGGGAGGACAUGCGCACGAGAUCUUCCCAGGAGUGGGGUGCAGGUGACAGAUGUACCUGUGGACGAGGGCUGAUGCGGAUGCCUCUGCCAGAGUCGCAGCAGAAGCGCGACUCUAAGAGAUUUUGCAGCAGCACUGCCAAUGCCACGGGCAAUGUAUCCGAAAUCAGCUGCUUCCGAAGCGUGGGUCCAAGUUAG